AGUUAACGUCACCGUCCUUUUAACUUAACUUUGCAUGGCUAGCGGCAGCAAAACAACAGGGGGAGGAGUGUUGUGGAACAGGGUUUUUGUUUUAGAAGCUUCAAUUACAUUUUUGUGAUUUGGUGCUGGUGAACAUGGAAACAUCAGGCAAGGUGUCCGUACUUCGCUGCAGGAAGUGUCGUAAAUGCGUGGUGGAUGCAUCUUGCUUGCUUACGAUUGACGCUGUUGACAAUGUGGCAACAGAGUGCAGAGUCUGGCACAUGGACUUUGACAAUUUGCCCGCCUGGAUCCUGACGUCUAUCCAUCAGGCCCGCUGGACCUCGGGGCGGCUGAGCUGCCAGCACUGCAGGGCCCGCCUGGGCGGCUUCAACUUCGUCAACCAGGCCAAGUGCCCCUGCGGCCUGGACCUGACCGUGCACCUGUGCAAGAGCCGGCUGGACGUGGACUGCAGGCGGCCCGGGUCCGCCGGGGGGGCGGGGCGAGAGAGCCGUGCCGUGCGCCCGCCCCUCGGAGCUGCCGCCGCCGCCUGGGAGGCCCCUCCCCCUCCGGCCGUCACGGGUUGUGAGCUCUGGCCGACGGCCCUGGAGGCGUGGCCGCACGAGGCAGACGCCGGCCUCUCUAACGGUGGGACGGUCCCCUUGCCUGCACCACAGAGAAACCAGAGAGUUCCAGAGUGUUCCGGAGGGCCAGUUAAAACAGCGCGCAGGAAGGCCCGCGCUUUGGAUUGUAGCGGCGGGGGCGGAGCUUGGACUGGCCAAUCCGGAAGUUUGACAGAUUCCCAACUGACACGCCCACUCGGUGAGGAGGCUCAGUCGGGGUCUGCCCUUCCCCAACCGCACCCCACUGCUGCUGGCCAAUCGGAGCUGGAAGAGAGGCCGGAGACCACGCCCGUCCAGGAAGUGUAUACUCUGAGGAGGCGACGGCCUUCGCUGACCAGCACGGACGAGGGGGAGGAGACAGAGGAAGGGGCGGAGCAGACCGCGCCUCUUAGGAGCCUGCAAUUGGACAGGGCUGUGGUCACCCACGUGGCUUCGCCCAGGCUCAGCAAGAGAGAGAGGAAUCGUCUGAAGAGCCAGAGGAGGAAACAGAGGAGGAGAGAGCGCUGGAUACAGAGCCGACUGCAAGAACACACACAGGGGCUGAUGGGAAACGUGACGAGCAGCGAGGACGAGGACGUGGUGGCGGCGGUGGCGGACAGGGAGAGCCUGACGUGCGCGGUGUGUCUGGACAUCUUCUUCAGCCCCUACAUGUGCCAGCCCUGCGGGCACGUCUUCUGCGAGCCCUGCCUGCGCACGCUCGCCAAGAACCGGGCCGCCAGCACCCCCUGCCCCCUCUGCCGCACCCUCAUCACCCACGUGCUCUUCCAGAAAGAGCUCAGCCACACAAUGAAGACCUUCUUCCCAAAGCUCUACCUCAGCCGGAAGCAGAACUUCCAGAAGUCCGGGUGCUCCCGCUGGCCCCUCCCCAGCACCCGGAAGCUCUUCCACAUCUUCGGCGCAGGGUUUCGGAGGCAGCCGAGCCCGGCGGGGCGGCGGCUCUUCCCCCACGGCGGGUACGGCCUGGGCGUCCUGGACACGGCCAACUCCCGCGGCUGGAGGGUGGAGGGUGUAGUGCUCGUCUACAUCCGCUCCAUCAACUGGCUCAUCGGCCUGUCCGUCUGCUUCUUCCUCUGCUUCCUCCUCUUCUCCUCCUUCUGACGCCAGCGCUGUGGAGCGGGGGCGCUGAGGAGCGGGGGAGGAGGGAGAAGAGGAGGAAGAGGAGUGGUCCUGGUUCAAACAUCUGAGGUUUGUGCCUCUUGGGCAGCAAUUCGAAUGGCGGCUUCACUGAGCACUUUACAAAUCCUGCGGCUCUUCUUCUACCUGCGGUGAACUCCUGUGGCUCACCUUCCACCUGCGGUGAACUCCUGUGGCUCACCUUCCACCUGCGGUGAACUCCUGUGGCUCACCUUCCAUCUGCGGUGAACUCCUGUGGCUCACCUUCCACCUGCGGUGAACUCCUGUGGCUCACCUUCCAUCUGCGGUGAACUCCUGUGGCUCACCUUCCACCUGCAGUGAACUCCUGUGGCUCACCUUCCCUUUUUGGGGAAAAAAGUAUUGCACGCUGUGUGUGAAAGUGCUCAUGCAACUUAAUUCUGUAAAAUUCCCUUCCCACAAAAAAACACGCCACCGCUGACUUGAACUUCACAGAGGGAAUGCCCAGGUAUUUUCUUUCAGUCCUCCAUUAGUUAAUUUGUUUCUUCAGAAGUAUAAGGUCACGAACAGAGCCAGACGGUACUUGUCCCAGGGCUACCUCACAGUUCGACAUCCUGUCUGAAGAGUAAAUGUAUUCUGCAGAUUAGAGCUGAACACUUCCUCUCACCUUCUCAGAGAUCACCAU